AACAGCAACAGGAGUGAGAAGAGAGAGAGGGGGGAAUAAAGAGAGAAGCUUUAUGCUUUCAAUGGCGAUUUUCUAAUGCUCAAAGGCAGAGCACCAAAGACUAAAGAGAACGGGAAUGUCUGUUCUUCCAUCAGACAGCUUCAACCGAUCAAGCCUCCAUUUUCGCGAGUGAAAACCUCUUCCCUCACCUCAGCACGUCUCCGCCACUGUUUCCUUCUCAAAGCUUCGCUCUUUAGACUCGUGCUUCGCAAUGGAGACAAAUUCGUCUCGACCCACAAAAUUGCACGAGAUGCUGCUCCUGCUCGUCUUCUUGGUGCUUCUGCUGAGCUUAAACCCUUGCGAGUCGCUUGACAUUGACCCGCGAGACGAGGCCGCGCUUUCGCUGUUCAGGUCUCGCGUGCAAGACCCGAGCCAGAGCUUGUCCACUUGGUUGGGGUCCAAUUGCACGAACUGGACGGGCAUCACCUGCUCGAGCGACAGUGGCAAGGUAAUUUCGGUGAACUUGACCCAUAUGAACUUGUCUGGGGACAUUCACCCCAGCUUGUGCAAUCUCUCUUUUCUCGAGUCCUUAGUUUUGGCGCAGAAUAGUUUCACAGGAGCGAUUCCGCUAUGUUUCGGCUCCCUCUAUGGUCUCAAGACCCUUGAUCUCAGCCACAAUAGGUUUGGUGGAGCUUUGCCUGACACAAUCAGUAGGCUUGGUAAUUUGAGGGAGCUCAUUUUGUCUUGGAACCAAGAUUUGGGGAGCCUCAUGCCGCCGUGGAUCGGUAAUUUCUCCGACAAGUUGGAAAAGCUUGAUGCCGGUUUCAACUCUUUCCAUGGGGAAAUUCCCGACAGUUUGUUGUACUUGAAGUCCUUAAGGUACCUGAACUUUGAGAACAAUAAUUUUGGUGGUAACCUGCAGGAUUUUCAGCAGUCUUUGGAGAUUCUCAAUCUUGGAUCGAAUUCUUUAUCGGGUACUCUGCCGUGUUUUUCUGCCUGUUCUGGAUCUCUCAGUGUUCUGAAUUUAGCAGAUAAUUAUAUAGUGGGAGGAAUUCCUACAUGUAUCGCUUCACUCGAGGCCUUGACGCAUCUAAACUUGUCACAUAACCAGUUGAGCUACAAGAUCUCUCCUAGACUUGUGUUCUCGGAGAAGAUUCUCGUAUUGGACCUUAGCUUCAAUGAUUUGGCCGGUCCUCUCCCGAGUACUAUUGCAGAGGCGACUGAGAAAGGGCUCAUACUCCUUGACCUGUCGCACAAUCAGUUAUCUGGUGAAAUCCCGUCAAAGCUUACAGAGUUAAAGAGCUUGCAGGCGUUGUUUCUUUCGCAUAAUCUUCUCACAGGUGAGAUACCAUCAAGGAUUGGAAAUUUGACCUACCUCCAAGUGAUUGAUCUCUCGAAUAAUGUGUUGUCCGGUGCCAUUCCGUUGAACAUUGUUGGUUGUUUUCAGCUUCUUGCGCUGAUACUUAAUAACAACAAUCUUACGGGUGUAAUUCAACCAGAGUUUGAUGCUUUAAGUGGUUUAAAGAUUCUAGACAUCAGCAACAACAAAAUCUCUGGUGAAAUCCCACAAACUUUGGCCGGGUGGAAAUCUCUGGAGAUAGUGGAUUUAAGCUCCAACAACCUCUCCGGGACAUUGAACGAUGCGAUAACCAAAUGGUCAAACCUUAGGUAUCUAUCCCUGGCUCGAAAUAAGUUUAGCGGAAAUCUCCCGAGCUGGGUAUUCACAUUCCAAGCAAUUCGUAUGAUGGAUUUCUCAGGAAAUAAUUUCUCAGGCAUCAUACCAGACAGUAACUUCAACUUAAGUUUGUAUUACAACAACAGAGAUUUUGCUAGACAGCCGGGUAACAUCUCAUUGGUUUCCAUGGCGACCGUUGGGAUCAAAGUUCACGUGGUUGUUGCUGGUACCAAUGAAGUGAGGCUCAACUAUGAUAUUAUUGCAGCUGUUGGGAUUGAUCUAUCUGGUAAUAUGCUCCAUGGGGAAAUUCCGUCUGGACUAUUUGGGCUGGAAGGCUUGGAGUACUUGAACAUGUCCUACAAUAUUCUGACCAGUCGUCUUCCAGAUUUAGAGAAAAUGCGCAGUUUAAAGGCCUUGGAUUUGUCGCAUAAUUCUCUAUCAGGUCAGAUACCAGAAAACGUCUCUGGACUUGAAGAUCUAACCGUGUUGGACUUAUCGUACAACUGCUUCUCUGGACAUGUAUCUAAGAAACAGGGAUACUGGAGAUUUCCAGGAGCACUUGCUGGGAAUCCGAACUUGUGUGUGGAGUCAUCAACUGGAGUUUGUGGCCGGGAUAGUGUGCCAGUCGAGCCUGGUAAGGCAUUUCAGGAAGAGAUGGUUGAAGGGCCUAUUUCCCUGUCGGUGUUCUUGCUAAGUGCUGCCAUCACUUUCUACUUCAGUAUUGUAUCUCUAUUUUGUUCGGCUCGCGCUAGAAGAUACAUUCUUGAAACCAAGCUUUAGUCUACUCUAAGAGAAGGAACCUCAGAGUGUAUAUCUAUGCAAUUACCAACAGAAAUAUGCCGCCGCAGGAAGAUUACUC